AUGAUAAGCCGAGUCAAGAGAGGCGGUCAAACAUCUAAGAUCUACGCCAUCUGUCAAAGAAUUGUCAAGUCCCUCGUUGGUUACUAUCAGAGUGUUGUCGACGAGCAGAGCAAAAGGGAGAAGAACGGUCACAGCAAGACCUACAUCUUUAUGGAGGCGAAGCCCGUCACCAGGUCCACCCGGUUGAGGUCACUCGCCACCAAUGACGGCACUGCUCUUUCCUCUGUACUGGGUUCUUUCACCACCAAAGAGCCAUGGAGUGAAGACAAAAAUGAGCAUCACGAGUUUGACGGGUCCAAGAGCCAUGGAGUGAAGACCCAGAGGCAAAGAUCGAUUGCAGCGACGAAGAGGCCAACUGUGAAGAAAUUGCACAGAUUCAGGCCAUGUGUGGUCACCAUCCGUGAGAUCCGAAAAGAAGACAAGCGGAUGCAAGUGCUCUGGCUCAAAUCCUCGGAGCUCCUUAUCCCAUAUCCGAUUCAAGGCCUUCAUCCUUAA